AUGUCGCACAAUGCCAAUUCCAAAAAGCGCCGCCGCGAACCCUACAAUGUCGAUGUUAAAUUGGUCGAAAUCUACGAAGAUCUCGCCAACGAGAAGGAGCAGAUCCGCCUGAAAGCAGCGCAUAAAUUGGUCUCGCGCUUUACCCCAGAGGCGAACCCUACCGCAGAUGAUGCCCAGAAAACGCUGCAGCGUCUUUUUCGGGGACUUUCUAGUGGCCGAAAAGCUGCUCGGGUUGGGUUCUCAAUUGCCUUGACCGAAGUGUUGUCUCAAGUCUUCUCACCCAGCAGACCAGCAGAGCUGGAUGAAUUGAGUGUCGCCAAGGUGCUUGAUAUCUGGGAAUCUUCAACUAGAGUUUCCGGAGGCGAAAGAGGACAGGAACACCGGGAUCAUCACUUCGGUAGACUCUUUGGGGCGGAAGCGAUCGUCAAGUCAUACAUUCUAUUUCACGAUUCAGCUUUUGAGCACUGGUUGAAAUUCUUGACACUAGUUUUUGAACUUUGCAAAAAGAAGCCGUGGCUGCGAGAGGAAUGCGGCUGGGUCUUCUACCGUGCCAUUUACGAACUCGCGUCGCAAAAGAUUGAUGCCCAAUACGCCGAGAAAAUAAUUGAAGGGAUAUCCACGAGUGAUUUGGCGAAAACUCCUGAGGGUGUAGCUAUAUGGCUUGCAGUGAGGGAUUUAUUUCCCAAUGCGACUCUGCCACCAAAUGUGUGGAAGCAUGACGAUCCGCUGGACAGCCAUGAUAAGAGGACGCUUUCAAAAGUCAUGAGGGAGUCUUCUGCGACAGAGGAGACUGCGAAGAAAGAAGGAUUAGCCCAGCAGUCAUCGGGUGUGUGGUCCUCGAAGCUUCACUUUGCUUGGGACGCCGUUCUUACGAGGAUAUAUGAUGUCGAACCCGCUGAAGAGGACAAGUCAAAGAAGUCCAAAGGCUCACGUAUUAGCUUUAAAGAUUUUUGGGUGGAGGUUAUAGACAAUGGACUUUUUGCUUCCUCGUCUUCCGAAGAACGCAAAUAUUGGGGAUUCUUGGUCUUUAUGAAAAUCUUAGGUGAAGCCCCGAGGCAUAUUGCGAGCCAGAUUUUCACCAAAAACCUUUCCAGGUGUCUUAUGAACCAAAUGGCGGACAAAGACAGAUAUCUAUACCGGAUGGCUGUGAAAGCUGCUAAGAAAAUACAGGAACGAGUGGAGAAAGAGCCAGAAUUUGCCGCAGCCGCUGUAAAAGGAUUGAUAGGCCCAUCAGGCUCUAUCAAUUUUGACCAAGUUACGAAAUCAGAUACAAUCUCAAGGAUUGUCGCCGAGGCUGGCCCUGAAUCCCUGCAAUCUAUUGUUGAGCUUUUAGCCGACUCUAUUGCUAUACCAGAUGCGGAUGAGGCCAAAUAUGCGGCUUCUAUUCGUAAUUACAUCUCAAGGGUAUUCGUAUCGGUCGUCAAAGCUCGAAGUUCUACUGGGGAGGAAUACCAGCCGAUCUUGGAAGAGAUUCUCUCUGUUUUGGUCCGAUUUGCCUAUUUCGAGGGCCAGCAAGAUGGUAUUGCUCAACCGCCAUUAGCUCAAGAAACCCAAGAACUAUUCCGGGAAAAGAUAAAUCUCUGCAUGAAGAGUCUUAUCACUAAUAGUAAGGACCCUGCCGGCGUGUCAUAUGCAGUAGUUAGACAAAUUCGCAAUUUUCAAAAGUCCAACGAGCACGGAAAGUUUAUUAUCGACAUGGAUGAAACUAUUUCAGAGUCGGUAGAUGCUGCCUUCAAGUCCCUGAAGAAGCUCUCAAGCAAGGUUAAAAAUGAAAGCGAAGAUAAGAAAGAUCCUAGCAUUCAAGCUUUUCGACUCUUAUACUCUUUAACACUCCUCGAAGUUUACAAUGGUAACGGGGACGCUGUAUCAAUGCUUGACGAACUCGCAUUCUGUUAUUCUAAAUUCUGGGGGGAGAAGAAAUCGAAGAAGGAGGACAAGUCCGACGCGUCAAAUGCAUUGGUAGAAAUUUUGCUGAGCUUUGCGUCCAAGCCUUCACAGUUGUUUCGUCGCAUGAGCGAGCAAGUGUUUGGUGUCUUUGCGGAGCAAAUCACCGCAGAUGGAUUAGAUUCACUAAUAUCGGUCGUUGAGGUUGAGGAAAGCCUUGCGGGCCAGCAAGAGAUGUUUGACCAGCACGAUGACGAAGAUGAAGAAAUGCUCGACGCAGAUGGCAGCGAUACCGGUUCUGACUCUGAUUCCGAUUCCGACUCUGUAGAAAUAAUCGAUGCAGAUGAAGAGGAUGACGAUGACGAAGAAGACGAGGAAGAGCUUGCUUCUUUCAAUGCUAAGUUAGCCGAGGCUCUCGGUACUCAUGGUGAGAAUCAGGAACUCGACUCGGACUCGGAUAUGGACGACGAUCAAAUGGAAGCCGUAGACGAAAUGCUUGUGAAGGCAUUUCAGGCGCGCAAACAGACCGCCCCGAAGAAGAAAGAAAAGAAGGACGCUAUGGAAACAGUGAUCAACUUCAAGAAUCGUGUCUUGGAUCUACUUUCGAUAUAUGUUAAGAAGUGCCAUUCGAGCAUUCUUGCUCUAGACUUACUUCUACCUCUCGUCCGCCUGAGUCGCAAAACAAAGGUCAACCAAAUUGCGAAAAGAGCCAAUAACAUUCUUUCCGAGUACACAACACUCUGCAAAAAACACGGUGUUCCUCCCCUCAAAGCUAGAGAAGAUGAUGAUGACCCUAUUCAGGCGGUAUGGGAGUUGCUCCGUGGAGUACACAAGGAAGCCACUCUCCAACGCCGGCAGAUACAUGCCUUGGCAGUCAGUCAGGCAAGCUUGAUUCUUGUCAGGGCGCUGGUGGCGCAUGACCGGCAGAAUAUCUCUCAGGUCGUGGACAUCUAUGCUGAUACAUUAAAAUCUCAGUUGUCGAGCGAAAACUGCUUUAUCAAACCGAACUUCUUCGCGGACUGGAAUGCCUGGUGUGUGGAAUAUGGAAAGAACCUGAGACGGUAA